ACGUUAUUGGGUGAUUUGUGUGCAUCGACGUCGUGCCUUUUAGAAUAUGGUUCGACAUAAUAAUGUAGUUCCCAACGGUCACUUUCACAAAGACUGGCAAAGAAGAGUAAAAACAUGGUUCAAUCAACCUAUGAGAAAGAAGAGAAGAAGAUUAGCACGUCAGAAAAAGGCAGCACGUUUAGCUCCUCGUCCAGCUAAAGGUCCCUUGAGACCCAUUGUGCAUUGUCCCACUGUGAAAUAUAAUAUGAACGUAAGACUUGGAAGAGGUUUUACUUUGGAAGAGUUGAAAGAGGCCAAGAUCAAUCCACAAUUUGCUAGAACGAUUGGUAUUAGUGUUGACCGUAGAAGAAAGAAUCGUUCAGUAGAGUCUCUUCAGACCAACGUUCAACGCUUGAAAGAAUACUUGUCGAGACUAAUCUUAUUCCCCAGAAGACACGGCAAGCCAAAGAGUGGUGACAGUGAUCCUUCAGAACUUGCCAUGGCAAAACAAGUCUUUGGAGAUGUAUUGCCUAUUCAAUCCACUACUUCGACAAGUGUAGAAACUCGGACAGUAACAGAAGAAGAACGCUCAAAGAGUGCCUAUCAGACUUUGAGAGUUGCCAGAAAACAAGCCAAAAAUAUUGGAAAACAGAAGAAGAAAGAAAAAGAACAAGCAGAAGAAACUUCAAAAGAAUAAACUGAAUAUUUGUUGUUUUAUCAACAGUUGGAAAACUCUUG